AUGUAUAAAUACCCAAAAUCUGUAAUGCAAUAUAAAGAUUUAAGUGGAUUUUUUAAUACAUUAAAACAAGUUUUAAAAAUUUCUAAUGAUCAUAAAAAAGAUACUCUUAGUAAUUAUAAAAAAAAUAAUCCUAGUGACUAUGAAAAUAACAUUCUCAGUAAUAAUGUUGUCUUCAAUAAUCUUGCUACUCCUACUUUUAACAAUCAUCAAAAGAUGGCCUUAGUAACUGGUAAUUUUGUACUUGCAAGUACAUAUGUUCAAAGGACUAAUUCUCAGAUAUUAUUAGUUAAUGCAUUUGAUAAUCUUAAGGUAUCUCCUAAUAAAUUAAGUUAUAUAUUGGCUAAAUAUAAUAUAAAUAUUCUUGAAAAAGAUACUCAAAAAGUGAAAAUUAAGGAUAUUAAAAAGGAUAGACAAAAAAGAAAAGGUUAG